CAUAUUAUUAUUAGCACACAACUCAAAUACAGAAAUGGAAGGCCUAAACCCUCACUUACUCCCCCUCCUUCUCUUGACUCUCUCCGUCGCUGCUUCCGCCAUGGCAGCCCCUCCGGUAGUCAAAGGCGCCUACUGGCCGUCGUGGGCUUCUGAUCCGCCGUCCACCAUCGACACCUCGCUCUUCACUCACGUUUACUACGCUUUUCUCGAACCCGACGCCGCUUCGUUCGAGCUCAGCGUGUCCAACGAAACUGCCGCAGCUCUGUCAAACUUCUCCUCAGCCCUUCGCCGGAAAAACCAGUCAGUGAAAACCCUCGUCUCCAUCGGCGGCGGAGGGAGCGACUCGGCGGUCUUCGCCACCAUAGCUUCAAACGCAACGAACCGACGUCGUUUCAUCCAGUCAACCAUAGCCGUUGCGCGAAAAUUUGAAAUUGAUGGGCUGGACCUGGACUGGGAGUCCCCAAGAAACCCGAAAGAGAUGGGGGACUUGGGGCUGUUGCUAAAUGACUGGAGACUUGGGCUCGAGAAGGAGGCCCAAGAGACGGCCCGGCCCCGUCUCCUCCUCACCGCCGCCGUGUACUUCGCCGCCGACUUCUUUCUCUCCGGCGUGUACCGAAAGUUUCCCGUAGCGUCGCUCGGCAAAAACCUAGACAUGAUCAACGUGAUGUGCUACGACUAUCAUGGGUCGUGGGACACCUCCGCCACUGGGGCUCACGCCGCAUUGUUCGACCCGAAUAGCAACAUAAGCACAAGCUAUGGGCUCAAGUCGUGGAUCCAAGCCGGUGCACCUCGAGAGAAGUUGGUCAUGGGCCUACCGCUCUACGGGCGAACUUGGGAGCUCCAGAACCCGAAACUAAACGGGAUCGGAGCUCCUGCCGUGGGCUUAGGACCAGGGGACGACGGGGUGCUAAUUUUCUCUCAAGUUGAAGCUUUCAAUUCGAAGAACAAUGCUACCGUAGUAUAUGACACCAAGACUGUGUCCACAUAUUCGUAUUCGGGAACCUCUUGGGUCGGGUAUGACGAUACCCGAUCCACCACGGUUAAGGUAAUGUAUGCGAAGGGCCUCCGACUUCGUGGGUAUUUCUUUUGGGCGCUCAGUUAUGACAGUGAAUGGAAGAUCUCAAGGGCAGCUUCCAAGGCAUGGCGUCGUUGAGAAAAGCAGAAAAAAGCUUCCAAUACAGUUUUACAUGAGAGAUACAGUUUCUCUCAACCUACAAAGAUCAAACCAUCAUCUUAAUUGAUACUUGGAGGAUGUGACUCUUGUCACUUUCUUUCUUACCAAUCAAUGACAAAUAGAUUUACAUUUUCUUUUGUUUAUAAUCUCUGUCUUGAUCUUCAUCCAAUUGGGCUAUAAAUUUGAUCCAUCGUCUCCUUUCUCUUCAAGUUGUUUGGCAUUUGGAAAUUAUAAGUUUGAUGAAUUUUGGAUAGUCUUUGUAUGCUAUAGCAUCUCAUAAUAAAGACAACUUUACUUAUUAAUCUCCAA